AUGUCUUUAGAUCACAUGUACAUUCGCCAAUACGAGAAUACCUGCCCUCCUCGGACGGGUUGCGCCGACGUUAUCGAAGAAGGCCCGCUCAGCAUCAAGCCAGUCUUCCAAUCGGAAGAUAGCUCUUUCGGCGCUGAGGUGUUUGGAGUUGAUUGGAGCAAACCUAUUCCGGACACUAUUGUGGCCCAGCUGGUCGCUUUGCAAGACAAGUAUGGAGUAUUGAUCUUUCGGAAAACAGGCUUGAACAAUGCUCGCCACAUUGCAUUUUCACAAAAACUCGGUGACAAGCUUGAAAUCAAUCCUUUCUUUUAUGGACGUGAGAAUGACCGUCUGGGGGAGCCAUUAUUGUUCGAUGUGGCCAAUAUCGAGUUGGAUGGCUCGUUGGUAAAAUUGAACAGCCGUCGCUAUCAUCACAGUCUGGGAAAUGCAUUGUGGCAUACAGAUUCGUCAUAUCAUCAACAACGCUCAAAAUAUUCAAUUCUUCUUUCCCAUGGGAGUCCUGUGGAGGGUGGAUCUUGGACUCACUUUGCGGACAUGCGCCGGGCCUACAGUGAUCUUUCCCAGGCCAAGAAAGAUCAGAUUGAAGACCUCGUGAUUGAGCAUGACCUUUGGCACUCUCGAAAACUAGCAUCUCCGGCUGUAUUUGGCAACCCCCUGCCUCAUGAACUGGCAGCAAAGCCACCGGCAUUCCACCGGCUUGUACAAGUAGCCCCCGAUGGUCGCAAAACACUGUACCUCGCAGCCCAUGCCAAGAGAGUCCUGGGCAUGGAUUUGGAGAAGAGUCAGAAGCUGAUCUGGGAGCUUAUUGGCCAUUGCACACAGUCCAAGGUACAUUGCCCAAUUCCGCCUUGUCGUUGGGCGCUGCUAACUGGUCUGUCGUGGAAGUAUGUUUUUAGUAUGGAGUGGCUGUCUGGCGGCGACAUGGUGUGGUGGGAUAAUCGACAAUCCAUGCAUCGUGCUAAUCCUUACACGGAAGAUAUGACGGCAAGAGAUGUGCGUCGGUCUACGAUUUUGGAUGACGGCCCGUUGGCAAGUGGUGCUACUUCGGAAGAGCAAGCUGCUGCGGAAAAAGCUGGCGUCAAUUGA